GAAAUGCUAUUACACACAUACUGACUCACUCACUCACUCGCGCGCAUACACUCGCGCUGCCACAGAUCAGCGCGAGCACAGCAGUGCGCUUCAACACGCUUCUGUGCGCAACACCAAUUCCACUCCUGUCUCGCAGUUUGGACAAAACUUGGUGCAUCCCGAGUAUGACUGAAUGACUUACUAGAGCAAGAAGAUAGCAGAACAUUUAAACUCGGAGGGCAGCGUGUUUUUUUAGCGGAUGAUUAAGGGAGAAACCCCCGCGCAAACCUCUAGGCUAUCAAACCAUCGGAGACCGAUAAGGCAAUGGAGCGCAAUACACGGUUUUAACGGAAUACAGUUGAAGACCUCUAAUUUAGUCUUAUUUGAGGAAAAACAGGCUGUUUCAUGACAAUUGACUUUAUGAAUAGGCUACAUGAAAUAGAUCAUGUCAUGCACAGUUUGUAUUUGCUGUGCGCAAUUGGCUCAACAGAACUGCAUUUGAAUAUGAAAUUCUGAGCUCUACAAAGACAAAAAGGCUUAUUUUCUUUACUUUUCUCAGUCUGUAUUAACGCGGUUUGUUCUUUGAAGAAGAUCACUAGUUGAACACGCUUCACUUCUUCAAGGCAGUGCAUUUUUGGAAAGAUGGAUUUCUGGAUAUCUCACCAUGGGAUUGCAUGUAUUUUUUGCUUCGUUCUGAAAGUCAGCGCAAAAGAAAUUGAGACAUGCGGAGGCCAGCUGGAUGCCAGUAAGGCUGGUUACAUCACAUCUCCAGGAUACCCCCUGGAAUACCCGCCCCAUCAGAGCUGCCAGUGGGUGAUCAGCGCACCCGAACCCUCGCAGCGCAUUGUGCUAAACUUCAACCCCCACUUUGAGCUGGAACGACUGGAUUGCAGGUAUGACUUCAUAGAGAUUCGAGAUGGGAAUUCUGAGUCCGCGGACCUGCUGGGGAGGCACUGCAGUAACAUCGCACCUCCUGCCAUAAUUUCCUCGGGUCCCGUCAUUCACAUCAAGUUUGUCUCUGAUUAUGCGCACCAGGGUGCCGGUUUCUCCCUGCGCUACGAGAUCUACAAGACUGGAGCUGAGCACUGUUUCCGUAAUUUCAGUGCUCCAACCGGAGUGAUCGAGUCUCCUGGUUUCCCUGACAAGUACCCUCAUAAUUUGGAGUGCUCCUUCAUCAUCAUCCCUCCUCCUCAGACGGAGGUCACACUCACCUUCCAGACCUUUGACCUGGAAAAUGACCCUUUGCUUUUGGGGGAAGGAGAAUGCAAGUAUGACUGGCUGGAUGUUUGGGACGGCCUGCCACAAGUGGGACCCCUGAUCGGACGAUACUGUGGGACGAAGAUCCCCCCAGAGAUCCAGUCUUCCACAGGUCUUCUGUCGCUUUCCUUCCACACUGACAUGGCUGUGGCCAAAGAUGGUUUCUCUGCCCGCUUUAACAUGACUCACAAGGAAAUUAGCGACACAUUUCACUGUAGCAAUGCAUUUGGAAUGGAGUCUGGUAAGAUAUCUGAUGAUCAGAUUUCGGCCUCCACCUCAUUUUAUGAUGGUCGCUGGCAGCCCCGUCAGGCUCGUCUGAACAACGAGGACAAUGCCUGGACGCCCAGUGAGGACAGCAACAAGGAAUACAUACAGGUGGAUCUUCAUUUCCUCAAGGUUCUGACCGGGAUCGCUACCCAAGGAGCCAUUUCCAAGGAGACCCUUAAGUCCUACUACGUCACCACCUUCAAACUGGAAGUCAGCACUAAUGGAGAGGACUGGAUGAUCUAUCGGCACGGCAAAAACCAUAAGAUUUUCCAUGCCAACACUGACCCAUCUGAGGUGGUUUUGAAUCGUAUUCCUCAGCCUGUUCUGGCCCGCUUUGUUCGUAUUCGACCGCAGACAUGGAAUAACGGCAUUGCGCUACGCUUUGAGCUUUAUGGUUGCCAAAUUACAGAUGCUCCUUGUUCAGAGCUCCAGGGAAUGCUGUCCGGCGUCCUCCCUGAUUCCCAGAUCUCAGCCUCCUCAGUGAGGGACCUUCACUGGGCCCCUGGAGCAGCACGUCUGGUGGCCAGUAGAUCAGGAUGGUUUCCCGGCCCUGCCCAGCCUAUAGCAGGAGAAGAAUGGCUUCAGGUGGACCUUGGGACACCCAAGACUGUGCGAGGAGUGAUAACCCAAGGAGCGAGGAGUGGGGAAGGAGGAACAACCUCAGAGAACCGGGCUUACAUUCGGAAGUAUCGUCUAGCACACAGCCUGAAUGGAAAAGACUGGAACUUUGUAAUGGAUAGCAAGACAAGCAUGCCCAAGCUUUUUGAGGGGAAUACACACUAUGACACCCCAGAGCUGAGGCGUUUUGAGGAACUGGCGGCACAGUUUAUCCGCAUCUAUCCAGAGCGCUGGUCUCCGGCAGGGAUCGGAAUGAGAAUGGAAAUCCUGGGCUGCAAUCUGCCAGAAACCUCCACACCAGCUGCAGAGACAUCCAAACCAACUCAACCGUCCUCUGUAGAAACCACCACAACGCAGAAACCCAGUCCAGUUACCAGCGCUGCUCUGCCGUCUCAGAAAGGCCUGUGUGAUUUUGAGCAAGGAUUGUGUGGUUGGACCCUUGACCCGGAUUCUGACCUCAGCUGGGCGCUACACAGCUCUAGCAAAAGCACUGCCUUGGGUCAGAGUCAAGAUCUCUCCAUGGGCUCAAACAGUUUGGGGAACUACCUGUACAUUGAGGCCAGUCCUGAGACAGUGGGCCAGAAAGCCCGGCUGUUCAGUCCCAGUGUGGAUCCCGACACCGGACCUCUCUGCCUGAUGUUCUCCUAUCAGCUGGAGAAUCAGGGAACCCUGAGGGUCCUGCUGCAGAACAAAGACCAAGAGGAAACCCUCCUCUGGUCCCUCCGUGCAGACCAGGAGCCCAUCUGGAAAGAAGGACGGACCAUCAUACCUCGAUCUCCAAAUGAAUUUCAGGUGGUAAUUGAAGGAUUUUUUGAGGGUACCAAAGGCCACAUCUGGAUCGAUAACAUCCACAUGAGUGUGAACACACCACUGGAAGAGUGUACUCAGCCUUUUGCCGCGUUCCCUCCGGACAUGACCGGGGGAGCCCUACCUGGCAAGAGUGAGCCAACAAUAGAUUCGCUGUCAGUACCACCUGUUUUGCCCAACUGGUAUUACAUAAUGGCUGGUGGAGGAGCCAUCUUGUUCCUGGUCAUUGUCAUUGUCAUGGCCGUUAGCUGUCGCCAUCUUACAGCCAGGAGGAACCAACCCACAAUGGCCUACUACAGCCCCCACAGUGCACAUUACCCGAACGGCGGCGUGCACAGGGCAGGGGUGUCUACACCCAAGUUGACUGUAUGGGUUGAGAAAGGCGAUGGGAAUUCCUACUGGUGAGACACCUGGAUUAAAAGUUUGGAGGUUUGCCUGCAAAUGCUGACUUCAUGAAGGAAGUCCUCGAUGAAAGCAGAUCUCAGACUGAAGAUUUGGAGGAGAACCUCAAAGAACGCUCCCAGAUGCUUGGAUUCGGAUGCAUCCAGAUGAACCCAACACUUCGAUUUUUCUGUUUCCUUGUUCUGUUCGUGUUCUUUUCUUUCUUGGAUACUGACGACCCUGUCUUAGUAUGCUCAGCUUGUUUACCACAUCUAGCCAGCUCAUACUCAUCUGGAGGGACCUUCUCCAAGAGCGAAUUUGUAUCCAACCUCAUGAUGGAUGCCAAGAGGACGUGUUAUCCACUGACCUCAAUCACUGAUCCUGGACUGACUUUGAUCCAGUGUGCUAUACUUAUGUUAAAUCAGUGUGAUUGGAUAAGGUCAGAACAUUGGGGAGUUCAGAGCUGUUGUGGACAUGCCACAAUGUGUUUGGUGAAAGAAAGAACAUGAAGCUUUCAGAUAAAUUAAAGCAUACGGGUGGAGGCUCCAUUACUGAGAAUGUGCUUUAUAGCACUUUUUGAAUACAACACAAGCAUGAUUUAAUUAGUAAUAAGUGAGGGCGACGUAUUGCAUAAAAGGUUUCUGCAUGUAAACAUCUUGAGUUAAGUCCACCUAGGAUGAUAUAAACACAUGCUGUUGUAAUUGAACAUUUCCUUUAAAGUCAACAUGAGAUCAAACUUGAGUUUCUUCAUACAACUUCUUGGUCUUAUUGUGAAUGAAUGAUCAGUGCACUGUUAUCAUAAAAAGAAAAAUGUUUGUGUAAUGAGUUUUCUUUUUCCACUGAUGUUGCUUAGAUCCUGCCAAUUAUUGGUUAAUGUUAUUGGUAACACUUGUUUAAGGCUGCGGUUGUAGGUAAUACAGCCAUCCUAAAACCUUGCCAAAAUUUAACUCAAUAGAUUAAUGUCAGUUGUCAAUAACGUAAUAAACAGUGCUUCAAUAAUUCAAAACAAAAAUAGAUUUGACCAGUAAACGUUGAAACUGGGAUUCCCAAUUAAAAAGCUCAUCUUUUUUUUGGAAAUACAUCAUUACGGAACUAAAAUGCAUUGCAAAUGUUCCUUCAUGUUGACUUUAAAGAUUGUUUUAGGCAUGGUUUCAUAUCAAUGAUGUGCUCAACUUAAAUGAAGGGAUGGCGCCACCAGUGAGAUAAGAGAAUUAUGGGAAAGAAGGAUUGUGUCAGGGAGUCUUCAUGUUUUGUGUUUGCUUCUGUGCUCUCUGUGUCAGUAUCUCGGUUAUUCUUUUUUAUCUUGCAUUUCUCACAUUUUUUUUCCCAAAGAUCCCCCAAAACUGUGUUGGCGUGGGUUAUUCUGAGCAAAUGCUUGCUGGUGUGGAGGAUCCAAAAACAAGUCCCAUAAACAAAGACAGACAUUUCAUUUUUCAGUCUCCAUGCGUUGAGGAAGCACUGAGCGCUGGGGUGGGAGAGAACUUGUGCAGAAAUCAACACCUGGUAGCAAUUUUAGUUCACUGAAGCAUCAUGAAGCUUCAAGAAUGAUUAACAGUGAAUGCAGUCCAAGACUGCCAUAUGCUUUUUCAUAACCAUGUUGAAUCAUUUACUGAAUUGAGUUGUCAUUCAGUUUUAUAGGUUAUAAUAAUCAGUUCUGUAUUAGGACUGAGUGAGCACCACAAACAUACUGUGGAAGUACCAUUUGAUUAUCAUAUGCACAUGCUAUAGUAUUUAAAUGGUACUCCAAGGUAUAACAGUAAUACAAAGCAGUAUUAAAGGAAUAGGUCACUCCAAAAUGAAAACUCCCUGUCAUGUUAUUCCAGACUUACAUGACGUUCAUUCUUCUGUGGAACACAAAAGGAAAUGUUUUGAAGAACGUUUCAUGCUGCUCCUUUAUGUAAGUGAUAGUGGCAAAACAAAAUCGCACCAUAUAUCAUAAAAGUAGUUUGUAUGAAUAGAAAUCUUCUGAAGUCAUUCAAUUUGUGUGAGCCAGAAUAAAGGUAUUAUUUGCUCAAAUCUCAUUUGCAUAGAAAAACAUGAUGUAAACAUUUUGCAUUUCCUUUUGCCUUUCACGUUUGAAAGAGAGACGCACAGGUUUGGAACGACUUUAGGAUUUUAGGACUUUAUCAUUCUCUUGUGAACUGUGUCUUUAAGGACAUUCAGCAGAUCUAGAAUCAGAACUUAAAGCAUUUCAAAAGGUCUGCAUGUCGAUAUAAGAACUAUAGAGUCGUUCAAAAUGGAACUACAAGGAUAAGGGGCUUUUUAAUGCCAUUUCCUGCUGUGAGGUGGUGAAAGAUGUUUUGGCACCGUCAUGCAAUGUGCUUUUAAAGCAAGCACUUUAUCGCUCUUUUCUUCCCUAAACCGUGUCCCCCCUUCUUUCUUCACUCUUAAUAUUUUUUAAUUAGUUAAUGGACCAGAUACAAUUUAUUAAAGCUGCUAUAGGCAUUCUGUCUCCUGCCCCGUGUCUCUCGUCGACUUGGGAAACCACGUUAAUGAGUGCGAGAGAGAGCGCCAUCAACACGUCAGCCAGUGAGGCGUAAUGCCAAACAGCCAUUCUUCUUGGGCUCUUAAAUGCAUCACAUAUACUGAACCGAGUUUCUAAUAAAGCAAAACUAUUUUUCAAAGACCAGAGGAUUGAGGUUGAUGUUCACACCCCUUCUGAUGUCAUCUCAGGGGUUGUCGAACAGUCGACAGAGUUUUCCUCUGAGGUGGGUAGUUGGGGGGAAUAGAUCACUCACAAUGGAUCCAGUCAGGCUACCCCCUUCACAUCCGUGGAGCGUGAGCUCUCACAUUGAUUUCUCUGCUUUUAGACACAGUGGGCUCCGACUUUGCCAUAUUUGGAACAAAACGACCUGAUCCAUAAAGCUAUUUGAAAGUUUUGGGCCUUUUAUUGUACCGCAAAAGCUUACUUAGGUGGUGGUGGUGGUGAUGUUUCUGAUACAAACUCUGAAUUUAAUUAUAAUGAUGAGGAUGAAGAUAAUAAUGAUGCACUUUGCUUUAUGAAAGUACCUUCUAACUGUGGUCAGCCUAUACCUCAACUUUGAAAUUAGUAAAUUGUUUAAAAUGCGAAUGUGAACAGAAUAUUUUUGCUUGAUGAAUUUGUCCUGAAAACCUGCUUUUAAAAUGUGAUAAUAAAAUCUUAUUUUUCUAAUCGUCA